AUGGAUGAAUUGCGGGGCAACGAGGAGUGGCCGACGGCAGCAGCCAGCGCGCUGUCCGCCUUGAUCGGUCCGCUGUCCCACUUCAGCACCGCGCUGGCGGCUGCGCUCCCUGCCGCCGUCCACUUGGCCGCCACCUGUGGGCCGCUGGCGGCCCCCACCAAAACAAGCCUCCUGGCAUGCGCCUCGGCGGCGACGGUGCUCACCGUGCUGCUGCGCGCCGUGGAUGGCGGCAGGGUGCGGCUGUCGGAGGCGGACGCGCUGCGGCUGGGGGCGGCGGGCAUCACGCCGCUGCACACGCUUCCCGCGCUGAUGCAUGUGGCCUUAGUGGGGUGCGACCUGGCGACGCGGGGCAACCUGGACCCCUUUGUCAACCAUUUCGAGUGCUGCUGCGAUGCCGUGGUGAAUCUGGCGGCAGAUGAUGCUACACCCGAGACCCAGGCGUGGGAGGCGGUGCAGUCCUCGGAGGCGGCCCUGCAGGCGAAGCUCGCCCAGCUGCUGACAGACUGCUUGGCGGCCGCGGGCCGCGCAGACGUGCAGGGCGCGCCCGCCAGGUACAGGCUGUGCCUGGGCCUGCUGGGCCUGCCCUGCCUGCGCCGCACGCGGCAGCAGCGGGACGCCUGGGACGCGGCGCUGCGCGCGACAGCCGGCCUGCUGCGCCUCCUGCCGGAGGCGGUCCCGGCCAUGCCGCCCGCCGAGGGCACGCAGCUGGUCAUCGUGGCGAUCGACACUCUGGCCAUCCUCCUGCAAGACGUAGGCGCCGAGCAGGCCUCGGCAGAGGCGGCCCGCCAGGCCCAGCUGCGUAUGGCCGCCGCCGCGGUGCGCCAGCUGGGCGGCGGCGCGCUGCAAGACGUCCUGCGCCUGCUGGCCUGCGCGGCGGCGGCCGCGCCCGGGGCCUCGCCCGCGGGCUCGGCGGAGCUGCAGGCUGCGGCGCAGCUGCUGUGGACCACCUACCAGCCUGGGUUCCAAGACUUUAUGCUCGAUCUGGCGAAGGGCCUGAACUGCCUCCACCGGCACUUUGCCACGCCUGGUCCGCUCGACAGCAACGCCGACUGCGCCGCAUUUUCUGUCCUUACUCCUCUGCACGGCGUCUUCCUGGCGCCUGUGCCCAGCUGCGUGCACAGGCUGAGCGUGCUGGCGGUGCCUCCGUCGGAGGCGACCAGGCGGCUGCAGUGCCUGGCUGUGUGUUACCUGGAGGCCCUGGCAGCACACCCAGGGCUGCUGGACGCACAACCAGGGCUGCCGGAGAUUAAUGUCAACGUUUCCCAACACUUCACGAUGCUCAGAUGUUUGCUGUCCAGCCCCGCCCGCGCCGACCUGCUCUUGGCCAACCAUGCCGGCCCCCUGGCGCUGCUGGCGGCGGCAGAGGGCAUCCUGUGCUUGUGUGCCACCCGGGCCGUCAUCUCAAUAGGGCAGCUGCUGGGCACGUGGCCGCACCUGGCGCCCCUGCUGCUCCAGCGGCGCUCGCUGCUGCGCCUGCUGUGCCAGCUGGGCGCCAAGCCGCCGGCGGAGAUCGACCGCGCCUACCCCGUCGCUGAUCCCGAUAUGUACCAGACGACCAGCGAUAUGCUGCAGGCGGUGUUCGUGCAGCUGGCGGCCUGCGUGAAGGAGAGCGGCGGCGGCGGCGGCGGUGGCGGCAUCGGCGAGCGACCUGCGCCGCUCAGCCGGCAGCAGGAGCAGCAGCAGGAGCAGGAGCAGGGGGCUGCAGCGGAGACGACCGCCGUGGCCGCCCUGCGCCGGUGCGACCCCGAGCGCAUGGGCCGCGCUGAGCUGGCACGCCUCCUGCUGGCCUAUGCCGACAGCGACAGCUGCAUGCCCCUGCCAGAGGCCCCCAUGACGCCUGAGGUUGCGGUGCAGCGAGCCCGAGCCCUGGCGCUGCGCAGCUGCGCCAACCCGCGGUGCACCAACCUGUCCGGUCCCAGCGAGGCGGCGCUGCGGGGGCGGCGCUGCGGCGGGUGCGGCGUGGUGCGGUACUGCAGCGAGGCGUGCAGCCACGCAGACUGGCGGGCGGGCCACCGAGCGGCGUGCCGCCUGCUGCUGCGGCAGCAGCAGGAGGCCGGCUCGGAAGGCGCUCCUCGGCCUGCUGGCUAG